AUGCGUUUCGCUGCCGCCGCUGCCGUUCUGGCCACCUCGGUCCUUGCCGUCGAGCCCACCAGCACCACCUACAUCACCGAGCACCUCACCGUCACUCAGUGCCCCGAGACUGUCACUGACUGCCCGGCCCGCGCCAAGACGACCUCGGUCAUCAUCAACACGGUUCCCCUGACCACCAGCACCGUCUACAGCACCAAGGUCCACACCAUCACCAGCUGCGCUGCCACCGUCACCGACUGCCCUGCUCACAGCACCGUCGUCAGCACCGAGACCAUCUCCGUCUCUACCACGGUCUGCCCCGUCGGCGCUGCCACUCCCACCCCCGGUCUCUGGAACAACUCUACCCUUCCUGCCGGCGGCAAGCCCACCGGCAGCCAGCCCGUCACCGUCCCCGCUGGUGAGAAGCCUACCGGCCCUGCUCAGCCUCCCAAGUCUAUCAGCACCCAGGCCCCUGCUUGCCCUACCCACUCGGUUACCGCCAUCACCAAGAGCUACACCACCGUCCUCACCUCGGUUGAGUACUCUACCAUUGCUAUUCCCUGCCCUACCGGCGGCAACCCUGGCGGCAACCCCCCUGCUGGUACCAACGCCCCCAAGCCCCCUACCGGCACUGGUGUUCCCCAGCCUCCCGCUGGUGGCAACCAGACCUGCACUGGCCCCAACUGCCCUCCCAAGACCCCCGUCACCGGUGGUGCUGCUAGCUUCGCUGGCUCUGCCAUCUUUGCCGCCGCUGCCGGUCUUGCCGCUCUCGUCCUUGCUUAA